ACGGCGACGCAAGAACAGCUUUCGAAAAGCGCUUUGAGUUUUUAUUUAUUUUCCUCCCGUGAAACGCGCUCCUUUUUCCGUUUCCAGUUUCCUGUUUUGUUCGCCCCUCUCUCCUGCUGUGUGUCCUCGUAUGCGUUCCCGCCCCUGUACGGCUGUCCCUUGUGCGGUGCGCCGCCCUUCAUUUCCGCGCCCUUAGCCAAGCUAAUCUCCAAGUUGCGAAGACGAACCCAUCCGCCCGUCGGUGUUGUGCGCUGGUGUGUUCGUCCCGUUUUCAUUCAUUCAGUCCGUUGCGAGCAUUCCUCCGUUCUCCGUCUGACCGUUGGUUCGUGUCGUGUUCUCUCGAGUGGAACCGUGUGUGUCACCACAUACUCACACACACACGCAGACGUGCGCGCGUUCGCACACAGACCACUACCACCACCACCAUCAGCCUGUGAGCUCGCCGAGGGUCUAGUAGUCUGUUUUUGUGUGUUUCGAACGUCGAACGCAACCGUCCUCCAGUGCUGGUUCGGGCGGUACGGGCCACCGUUUCGUUUGCGGUCUCGCAAAGAGGCGAAGAGAACAGUGUGUGUGCGUGUGUUUCCAAAUCCAAAUCAAUUGCAGCUGCUUGGAAUUGGCCUGCAAUUGCUGCACCGACUGUAUGCACUUUGGCUGUGACGGAAUGGUGCAGCCCCGUAGCAUUCUUUCGCACGAGACGUGAGCAACCGCAAUCCCUUCAUCACAAACACCGUUCGUCCGUCGCUUGCUGUGCACGGGAACGCAGUCGGAGUCUCUUGUGUGUAUGUGUAUGUGUGUUUGUGCCAAGGAGAAGGUGUGUAGGGGAGUGUAGCGUUGCUGUCGUCGUUGUGAAUGAGCAGUGUGUGCAUUGACUGUGUAGAAAGUGGCCGUGGAAAACUGAAGAGCCCAUUUCGAGGGAAUUGAAAACAACGGGCUUUUCAACGGGCCUUGUGCCGGAAGCCAAAACUGCCACCGGCGCGCGUUUGUGUAUAUGUGUAUGUGUGUGUGCGUUUGUGCGUCCGGUCCCAUCCGUGUUUUCUGUGGUGAUCGCGUCCGACAGUGAUCCCCGCCUUGCCCGCUGGCUGGCUGGCUGGCCCCCAAUCUUCCCGGAGUGUUGUUGGGCGCACAGCAGUGUGUGACGUUUACACUUUGCUACCGUUUCUGCCAGACGGCGGAAAAAGUGAGAAGAAGGAAAGAAAAUGUAACAAAGCGUACGUGAGAGCGAGCGUGGGAAAGAGAUAGAGCGAGAGUGAGUGCGUGUGCAAUUGCGAUCGCGUUUGAUCGUGUGUGCUCUGGGAGCGAGAGAGAGAGCGAGCAAAGGAGAAGGAAGAGGUGCAUUUUUGAUCGACCCUUUUUGCACAAUACUCUGCAAACCUGUGUGUGUGUGUUUUGUGCGUGAGUGUUUGAAUGUUGGUAAAAUAAGAAGAAACAGGGCCGGGGGACAAGAGAAGCAUCCCCUAAUCCCCGGAUCAUAUUCGCAAAGCAAAGCGGAAGAAGGCAAAACAACAACGAAGGAACGUCAGUUAGAAGUUGGUGGUGUUGUGUGUUAUUUUCUGUGCGUUAAGUGGUGAAGGAAUUCCCUGGCGGCAGAGCGAGAGAGAGAGCGAACAAAGGCGAAGCAGCGCAGCAGCCUCGAUCGAGCGCGCGAGUGAACGAGAGGGAGCAUCGCGCGCGCGGAGGAGCGCCCUCGGAACACAACACACACUCAUCUCAAAAUGGCGGAUUCAUAUUAUCAGGGCGAUUACAUCAAGCAUCCCGUGCUGUACGAGCUGAGCCACAAGUACGGCCUGCCGGACAAUGUGUCCGAGCAGCUGCUGCCGGACCGGCUGGAGGAGAUCAAGGAGGCGAUCCGGCGUGAGAUCCGCAAGGAGCUCAAGAUCAAGGAGGGCGCCGAGAAGCUGCGCGAGGUCGCGACGGAUCGCCGCUCGCUGUCCGACGUGGCCUCGAUCGUGAAGAAAAGCAAUAACAAGCUGGCCGAGCUCAAGUCGGAGCUGCACGAGCUGGAAAGCCAAAUCAUCCUCACACAGGGCAACAGUGUCAGCAACAAUGGUGGCCACGAUCCAAUCCUGUCCACCGUCAUCCCGAGCGGGCCAGAGUUUACCGCCAACGAUAAGCUGCUCAUAUCGCUCGAGAAGCAGCUCAGCAUUGAGACGAAGGUGAAAAACGGCGCCGAAAACAUGAUCCAAUCCAUCUCCAGCGGACACCACGGUCGUGAUAAGAAGCUACUGGCCGAGGCACAUCAGAUGCUGGCCGACUCGAAGGCGAAAAUCGAAUACCUCCGGCUGAAGAUACUGAAGGUGCGCCAGAACAAGCUCAGCAGCAAGGGCUCGGAGGAGAAUGGCGGCGAGUCGGCAAACGCGGCCAAACAGCCGCAGGAGCUGGAAACGUCGCUGGACGAUCGCAUCGAGGAGCUGCGCCACCGGCUGCGGAUCGAGGCGGCCGUUGUGGACGGUGCGAAGAACGUUAUCCGCACGCUCCAGAGUACAAAGACAAUCGACAAAAAGGCCCUGCAAGAGGCUCAAGGUCGCCUAUCGGAAUCAUCGCGCAAGCUCGACCUGCUGCGGAAAGCGCUCGAGCUCCGGCGGCUGGAACUUCCCCCGGACUGUCCGACGGCACAGCAGCUGAAAGCGGAGCUGCAAAAUGUGCAAGCGUCCAGCCCGGGCCCGGUCCAGUACACGAUGCGCAACUCGUUCCGGGGCAGCGCCCAGGGCCGGCCCGCCCACAGCCAGCAGUCGUUUAGCCGGUGUGCGGCCGUCACCGGCAAGCUGGAGGUGCGGCUGAUGGGCUGCCAGGAUCUGCUCGAGGACGUGCCGGGGCGAUCGCGCCGCGACAAGGACGCCGGCUCGUCCAGCCCGGGCGAUCUGAAAAGCUUCGUCAAGGGCGUCACCAGCCGCAGCUCGUCCAAAAGCUACAGCGUGAAGGACGAAACGUCGUCCGAGAUCAUGGCGGUGAUCAAGCUGGACAACAUCACGGUCGGCCAGACGUCGUGGCGCCCGUGCUCGCAGCAGGCCUGGGACCAGCGGUUCAGCAUCGACUUGGACCGGUCGCGCGAGCUCGAGAUCGGCGUGUACUGGCGCGACUGGCGGUCGCUCUGUGCGGUCAAGUUCCUGCGCCUGGAGGAGUUUAUCGACGACAUACGGCACGGUAUGGCGCUGCAGCUGGAACCGCAGGGCGUCCUGUUCGCCGAGAUCAAGUUCCUCAACCCGAUGAUCUCGCGCAAGCCGAAGCUCCAGCGCCAGCGCAUGAUCUUCAACAAGCAGCAGGUGAAGAACAUUCCGCGCGCCAAGCAGAUGAACAUUAACGUGGCGACCUGGGGCCGGCUGCUGAAGCGCAACACGACCAGCAGCGGCAGCAGCAGCGGUCCGACGACGGCCGGUGCAGCUGGAGCCGGUACGCCCUCGCCGGGCAGCGCAACGGCACCGAUGGCGGGUAUGAUGGCAAACCAAACGCAACAUGGGUCGGCGGGCACAACCACUCCCUCUACGCCCGGCUCGUACGAUCCGCUGCAGGACGAUCCGGUGGAAACGCUGGGAGAAUCGGCCGACCAUAACGUCGUCGGACUCGGCGGUGGACGUCCUCUCGGUAUCCACGGAGUCGGCGUACUGCCGGAAAGCCCCUCGUCCCACUCCCUGCAGAAUCAGGGCACACCGAUGGUGGGGCGGCCCGUUCCACCGCCACAGUCCAUCAGCACGCCGUCCAGCUUCCGGCAGCCGAAAAAGCAACCGAUGCCAUCACCGCGGCAAGCGACACCACCAAAAAUCGAUCCCGAGUUGGAGUACGCGUUAAGCAAGUUCGAUUUCCUUCACCAGCACGAUAGUCUUGGUGGUGUUAGUUUGUACGAUAAACAGCCACCGUUGCCGGUAACACCGCCGCCAUCAUCAACAGUCGCCAGCAGUGGAUAUAUAAACAAUUGUGAUAGCACCAACAACAACAACAACAGCAGCAACUACAUCGAAGAUGACGAAGUGCCACCGUUGCCAGCCACACCGCCCCCAGUGCUUCGUUCCACCAGCCAAAUUAGUCAGCCGGCGGGCGCGCUGGCGGCCGGGGCAACCUCACCAGCAGUAUUACAAAAGUCCCUGUCCGGGGAUCUACUACGUCCGGUGCUGUCGAUGCCACCGCCCGUACUGUACGGCGGCGGGUACAACCGGGACAGCUACUACAGUACGGUCUCGUCCACGGGCAGCCCGAUCGUGGAGGAACCACCGUCGCCGGCCCCUAGUCAGUACCAGCAGCAGUACGCACCGUUCCCGGAGGAUGAUCUUACGUACGACAACAUCAUUGAGAUCCUUCCGUUCGAACAGCUCACGAUCGGAGGCAAUGUGGUGCCACCGCCACUGCCACCCCAUCACCAUCAUCCGUCGGCCACGCUGAUGAGCCAGCAGGCAUCGCUUGCUGCGGCGGCCGCCCUCCAAGCGCAACAGCAGCAGCAACUCUAUCAGCAGCAGCAGCAGCAGCAGCAGCUUCUACUACAACAGCAGCUGCAGCAACAGCAACAGCAACCAGCAGUAGUACCACCUUCCCUGUUGGCCCAGCAACACGCUGCCGCCGCCGGUCAAGCAUCCAGUUCCGGCAUGGUUGACGUUGGUGCCGCAUCGGGCGCCGUCGGUCCGCCGGUGAAUCGACGUCCGGCCGGUGGACCGGCCCGUGCCCUCCAGUAUCGGGACAGCGCGUACGAAAGUCGCCGCCAGUCGCAGGCGGGAGCGAUGGCGGGUGCACCGGGCGCUGGCAUGUGCAUGGACAGCUUCCGGCUGCUGAGCGUGCUGGGGCGGGGCCACUUCGGCAAGGUGAUACUGGCGCAGUACAAACACACGGGCGAAUAUUUCGCGAUCAAGGCGCUGAAGAAGGGCGACAUUAUUGCGCGCGACGAGGUGGAAUCGUUGCUGAGCGAGAAGCGCAUCUUCGAGGUGGCGAACACGAUGCGCCACCCGUUCCUGGUGAACCUGUUCUCCUGCUUCCAGACCGAUCAACACGUCUGCUUCGUGAUGGAGUACGCGGCCGGCGGUGAUCUGAUGAUGCACAUCCACACGGACGUGUUCUCGGAACCGAGGGCCGUCUUCUAUGCGGCGUGCGUCGUGCUCGGUUUGCAGUAUCUGCACGAAAGCAAAAUCAUCUACCGCGAUCUAAAGCUGGACAAUCUUCUGCUGGAUACGGAAGGUUAUGUAAAGAUCGCUGACUUUGGUUUGUGCAAGGAGGGUAUGGGUUUCGGUGACCGGACGGGUACGUUCUGCGGUACGCCCGAAUUCCUCGCCCCGGAAGUGCUGACCGAAACGUCCUACACCCGUGCCGUCGACUGGUGGGGUUUGGGUGUGCUGAUCUUCGAGAUGCUCGUCGGAGAGUCACCAUUCCCGGGCGAUGAUGAGGAGGAGGUGUUUGAUUCGAUCGUCAACGAUGAGGUUCGCUAUCCCCGGUUCCUGUCGCUCGAAGCAAUCGCCAUUAUGAGAAGGUUGCUGCGUAAGAAUCCGGACCGUCGGCUCGGGUCGUCCGAACGCGAUGCCGAGGACGUGAAGCGGCAGGCCUUCUUCCGCAACAUUGUCUGGGACGACCUAUUGCUCAAGAAGGUGAAGCCACCGUUUGUGCCAACGGUUCGUUCCGCGGAAGAUGUGUCCAACUUUGACGAGGAAUUCACGUCCGAAAAGCCCGCCCUAACGCCACCGAAGGAUCCGCGCGUGCUCACCGAGGUGGAGCAGACGUACUUCAAGGACUUUACCUACAUGGCCGAUUGGUGUUGAGAGAGAGAGAGAGAGGAGACAAGAUGAGGACGCUUCUUCGUCUUCUUACUCGAUUGUGUUACAGCUAGCAUAUAUUGUAAAGAGAAAAUAAGAGGCGAACACACACACACUCCAAAACGCGCGCAAACCCCUCUCGAUGGCAAAAUGAUCAAUAGGCAGGGACAAACACAAAUGAGAUGGGAACGCGCCGUGUCUGUGUCUGUGUGUGUGCCUUUAAACGAUGGAUCGCAGGGUUUGCCACUGCGCGGAACGUUCUAGAUUGGAGAAGAGUAGUAAAGGGGAAUUAGAGGAUGGGUUUUGGAUAAGAAAAAAAGCAAAAAGCAACAAACGUAACACCACACGUUCGAUACGGACACAUACGGCGACGGCAGCAGCAGCUUCGUGUUAGAUAAGAGAUAAAAGUUUACCUGUUACGCGUACCGCGAGAUUAAAGAAUAAUGCCCGGUCGAACAAGAUUGGAUAAAGAAGCUCCACUUCUCCUCUAACCUAUUUUGGUAAAGUGACGAGAGAGGACAUUCAAACAGCUCAACUCGCACCAAGUGGCAAUUGGUUUUUCUUUAUUUACACGUUUGUGUUUUCCUUACUAAUUCAUUCACACACACACACACACACCGUCGUCCACCGUUCACCACUUUCACCACUGCGUGUAGUUUCUGUGUAGUUGUGUUUUGUCUCUUUUGUUUGUGUGUUCUAUGUCCUUUUUGGUUGUAAUUAUUGUUUAUUAAGUGGUAUUUCUCCCUUAACAUACGUUCGUUUCCAUUAUCCUGUUGUAAUAAUUGUGCAGAAAGCAACACAGUAAAACAAAAGUAGACUGAAAAUCCUCCUCCGCAUCAUACAAAAAAAAAAUGGAAAACACAAAGACAAAUGUAUGCAAAUGGUGUAUGUGUGUACGUAUGUGUGUUUUUUUUAUAAAGCAAAAACAAUAGAACACACCAGAAAGCACAGCACUAAACAAUGUAACAUGAUAAGAAAGGAAAGAAACGAGUUAAAAAGAAGAGAGAAAAAAAGAGCAAAUAGGGCGAGAGAGAGAGAAAGGGAGAGAGAGAAAAAAGAGAAAGCUGUUAAAUUGCGCUAGUUAGAUGAAAUUAGGUUUAUUUCUCUUGUAAGUAGGACUUAUAUCUAUCUCUAUUAUAUAUAUAAAUACUUGUUACGUUUCACGUGUUACGUUCAACAUACAUAUAUAUGCGCUAGAUAGAAGAAGCUGUGUUCAAGUGUGUGUGUGCGUGUCUGUGUGUGUUUUUCUGGGACAAGUCGUGUCCCGAUUAAAAGCGCAUCAAAACACACUCACACCCACACGCGCGGUGAGGAAUCGAAAGCUACAGUAAUGUGUUAGGGCUUCAGUACAGGUUUAUUUACAGGUAACAUUGUGCAUAUAUGUGCGUCAGAAAACCCGUACCCCUCCUCUCCCUCCUCUCCUGUUAUGCCAACCCCCUUUGGGUGGUAUGCUGGGAGGGUUGGGGUUGAGUUGAUUUUUUUUUUUAAUUCGCGAUGAUGGAGUUGAUGCUGUAUUUAAUCGAUUGUGUUUGAGACGGUGUGUGCGUGUGUGUCUGUGUGGGUCUUAGUGAGUGAGUAUUUGCCGGUAAUUAGAGAGAAGAACAAGUGAAGGGAUAGUUCCCACACAGAUGCACACAUACACACCCACACACACACAUCGCAUGUAUCGAUGUGUAUUUUUGAUGAUCAAAAAACACCAGCGCGUGAUUAGUUAUCGGAAUACAUUGUACAAUGGUUAUUUAAAGUCAACAUAUUGA